AUGGGUGAUAUAUCAGUAGACGAUAAUGAUCUUCAUAUCGAAGAUGAGGGUAUUUUGGAUGGAGACACCAAUUUAGCAACUUCGAAUGAAGCGCUGAGUGAAGACCCUGAUGUGGAAGCUUUACGGAACAGAAUGAAAGAAAUUGAGGAAGAAGCUCAGAUGAUCAGAAAGAUGCAAAAUGACGUUGAGAAACAGAUGAACAUGAGUACUACGAGCAGCGGCAACGCGCCUCCGCAGCUUUCCAUGGAAGAGAAGAUGGAAGCUGAUAGUCGUUCUGUAUACGUUGGCAAUGUAGAUUACUGUUCAACAGCACAAGAACUAGCUGCACAUUUCCACGGCUGCGGAUGUGUUAACAGAGUGACUAUUCUUACAGACAAGUUUUCUGGGCAUCCGAAAGGCUUCGCGUACAUAGAGUUCGCUGAUAAAGAAGCUGUUCAAACAGCAUUACAGUUGGAUGAGUCAUUGUUUCGCGGCCGCCAAAUAAAGGUAUCAGCUAAACGAACGAAUAAGCCAGGAGUCAGUACUACGAACCGUCCUCCUCGUGGCCGUGGUCGUGGUGCAGCUCGUGUUAUCGUUAAGUAUAUUUACGGUGGCGGUUAUCGUGGCGCGAGAUCGCGUCCUCCAAGGUGA